UACAUACCAGUAUACUUGCAUGUAUCCAAAGCGCUCGACAUUCCGUCUCUUUCUAACGACUAUCCAAGCAUGAUGAAGAGUGGGGAUUGGCGAAAGAGAAUCAAAAAUUUUCGACUUGCAUUACUGUGCCUCACACAUACAGUUCACUUGUAAUAACUUGUAUACACGUUAACACGUUGCAUCGCCCGGCGUCUUUACUCUGUCUGUCAGUUAGUUUGUUUUAUAGGUUAGGGUAAAACACGUGUGCUCGGCUGUCAUAAUGAGUUCAGAACCAAAAAAUAUUUGUACACCACUUCCUUCUGGGUUUGGUACCAAAGCAGCAAGUUCUGAACAACGAGAAGAGUAUGUCGUUAAAUUCUUGGAAAAUGCUUUACCAUCGUGUGAUGUCAAUGAAAUUAAUGAUGUACUCAAAAAGGAUUUCAUAUUAGAUAAACACAAAGGAAAAUUUAACAAAAAAAAAUGUGAAAAAAAUUACAUAAAAUUGAGAAAAAAUAUUACUUUUCUUAAGCACCAAACAGACAUUCAUUAUGAAGAUAUGUUACCAUUAAAUUCGUUGUGGCUAGGAUAUAUGUUGAAUGGCAUAGGUAAAAUCGUGCCUCCGUCUUUGAGUCCACAGUGCGAGAAAAUUUGUCAACAGAUGAUCAAAGCUGAAUAUAUUGGAGCUAAAAUUAGCAUUACACGAUCAAAAUGUCCAAGUUAUUAUGGUCUUGAGGGUAUUAUCAUAUUGGACACCAAAUGCACUUUUAAGAUAAUUAGUAAAGACAAUGUCAUUCGAAGUAUACCAAAAAGUUCUUGUGUUUUUAAAGUACACUUUGGAAAAUUCAAUUUGGAGGUAUUUGGAAAAGACUUAUGUAUACGUCCAGCAGAGCGCUGUGUGAAAAAAUUCAAAACCUUUAAUAUACCUAAACUUUAGAGCAAAUAUAAAGUGGAAUAUUCAUUUGACACUAUGUAUAUAGCACUCAACUUAAGUUGUGAAUUCGACAGUGAAACAAUAAGUUUAUUAGAAUUACGUAGGAAUUUCUAUUUGUUUUGUUAUUAAAUUAUUUGAGAUAUGUACGUUGUACUUGUAACAUUUCUUUAUUUUCUUCAUAUUUUUUCGAUGAAUUUCAUUAAUUUCAUACCAUAAAUACCUACUAAUUACAUGUUAUGUCAAUUACCAGUGUAAUAUAUUUAAUAAUAUAUAAUAACAUAAUCAUCAAGUAUUUAUAAUAUAACUAUUUUAA